CCCUAGGGUUCCCUAGGGUCUUCUGUGGGUAUAUUAUUCCUUGCUUGCCGUCAGCCCCUUACACGUCGAUCGUUCCGCGCGUCUCGCUUCUUCCGCACAUGCACGCCGAACGGGUGAGAUUUCACGAAAGUACCUGGCGUGCUGGUGUGCUGUUAUUUCGCACCGGUCUCCUCGCCUUCCGAUCCGGAUGCCUGCAGAUGCCACAGCAGAGGUGCUAGAGCAUGGUCGCGGGGAAUCUUCCCCGCACAAGCGAAAGCGGGGAGACGCGGAAGGGGAGGAUCCGCGCAGCCGUCUCAACUGCAGAGGACUGGCGAGUCUAGACCCAGAGAAUACCGACGAUGGACGCGCGGAGAGCGUUUUUGGCGCGAGCAUGGAGCAGGAUUGGGAGACGAGAGCGAUGCAAGCGGUGGUGGAAUUGGACACGAGCAGUGAUGAGGACGGGGAGGAGGGAGCAGCGCGGAGGGGGGAAGGGGGCGCGGAGAGAGAAGGACAUGCAUGCUUGAAGCGGCGAGGAGAGGUAAGGACUGCAAAGGAGAGACAUGCGACGAGGGGGGUGGAGGAGAGCGACGACGCUGAGGAUGGUAGAGCACUGGAGGGCUGUGGGCCGUGCGGACGAUGCGGAGGAUGCGGGAGGGCGAGGGAAGAGGUGAAGCAAGAGAUGGUGGAGGAAGCGAUGCGAGGCCUGGGAUGUGAGGGUGCACCUGCUCCCAUGCAUGCACCUGUGCGAUCAGCAGCACCAGCACCAGCACCAGCACCAGCACCAGCACCAGCACCGGCACCGGCACCAGCACCAGCACCAGCACCAGCACCAGCGCCAGCACCAGCACCAGCACCAGCGCCAGCACCAGCACCAGCACCAGCACCAGCACCAGCACCAGCACCAGCACCAGCGCCAGCACCGGCACCGGCACCAGCACCAGCACCAGCGCCAGCACCAGCACCAGCACCAGCACCAGCACCAGCGCCAGCACCGGCACCAGCACCAGCACCAGCACCAGCACCAGCACCAGCGCCAGCACCAGCGCCAGCACCAGCACCAGCGCCAGCAUCAGCGCCAGCACCAGCGCCAGCAUCAUCAACAUCACCAGAAACGGCACCAACAACAGCACCAGAAACGCUGCAGAAAUCAGGCGAGCAGAAAUCAGGAGAGCAGAAAUCAGGAGAGGCAUUAGGGGAAGAGUUGCAGCGAGGCAGUGAGAGAAUGGUGGAAGGGGAGGAGAGGGUGGGGUUGGGGCAAGGGAGCAGUGGAGCAGGUGGGGCAGAGAGCACUCCUUGCCCUCACAACCCCGCGCCAUGCCCUCCUCACAACCCCCUGACAUGCCUUCUUGACAACCCCGUGCCAUGCCCUCCUGACAGUCCCGUGCCAUGCCCUCUUGACAACCCCGUGCCAUGCCCUCCUGACAUUCUCGUGCCAUGCCCUCUUGACAACCCCGUGCCAUGCCCUCCUGACCGUCCCGUGCCAUGCCCUCUUGACAACCCCGUGCCAUGCCCUCCUGACAGUCCCGUGCCAUGCCCUCUUGACAACCCCGUGCCAUGCCCUCCUGACAGUCCCAUGCCAAGCCCUCUUGACAACCCCGUGCCAUGCCCUCCUGACAGUCCCGUGCCAUGCCCUCUUGAUAACCCCAUGCCAUGCCCUCUUGACAACCCCGUGCCAUGCCCUCUUGACAACCCCAUGCCGGGCCCUGAAACGCCGGUGCAGCGCACUGAAAAGGCCAAGGCAUUGCCCGAGGCUACUGAGAAUCCCUCUGUGAGUUCCUCUAAGUUACCUGAAGAACAGCCUGAAAGCGGCAGUGGCGUCAGCAGGAGUGUGCCACAGGAGCUGCUUGCACAGGCUGAGGGAACAGGUGGUGGUGACCUCUCACCAUCUCAAGCGGCAUCUGCUGAUGCAAACGAUGCAGCGGUUGCUUCUCAUGCCGACCGGCCCAUUCCACCUCCCAACAGCCCUCCACUGCCACGACAGCAGGAGCUUCCAUGUCAGCAUCUGCCCAGUCACAACACGUCAGCACAAGCCGAGCCAGAGAAUUUGACGGGCACUGCAGAGGAAAGGAGGGAGGGAGGUGCUGCUGGUACCCAAAGCCACCUGCUUGCGCCGUGUGUAUCUGCCGGAUUGCAAGACCUCAUGGGAACUGCUCGUGCGGCUCUUGAGGAUCUGGAGGCGGUGAUUGGUGAGGUAGAGAUGAGUUGGCACCCAGAUGUGCGGGCGAUGGCUCUGGAGGAGAUGUGGGACGUGGGGAAGGCGGCUGUGCAGAGGAUGGAAGAGAAGAGUGAUCAUGUAGUGAUGGAACAUAGGAGGAAGCUAGAUAAAUGCCUGGAGGAAUUAGAUCGGUGGCUUGAAGCAGAGGAAGGAAGACAAAGAAGAGAAGCUAACUAAUGUAAUGCGGACAAUGAAUAGUGCACUCCGCCUUUUCAGAGCAGAACUCAUUUUGAGU